AUGGCUAAAAGAGGAUUGUUUAAUAGUAUCGAUGGUUGGGUUUUCAUGUUAUCAACUAGUGAUGAUGAAUAUAUAAACCAAGAGGAAAAUAAACAAGGUACUGAGAAUUUUGGUGAAGAGAGAAAUGGUGUUCAGGGUGGGAAUGAUGAUCAAGUGGUAAUGGAUACGAGUGGUGUUGGUGAAGACUCCGCUAGCAGGAAAAGGAAGUUGGAGUGCUACUGUGGCAUGCUGGAUUGGGUCACUAAGGUUGCAAAGGAUCCUUGUGACCUUACAAUUGGGGAUAAGUGGAAGUCCUAUGGUUGCGAUCAGCUUUUGGAGCAGGUUCUCUUGAUUCGUGAUGCAAUGCUUAUAAGAAGAAAUGCUGAUUCUGGCAAUCGACAAACAAUUUCGCAGAAAAAGCAAAAGAUGCAUCCAAGCUUGUACAAUGAUCGAAAAGGUUCUGAAAGAUUGAGAUGCAGUGAGAGGCUUCUAUCUGCAAAAGAUUCUCCUAAAAAUUCGCGCGAUCAUAUCAAUGUGAAAUCACCAUCCUCAGGUUCUCAUAGUGAUGAGGAUUGUGCUGGUGAACAGUCUAAUUCACCGGCAGACUCUGUUGGUUUUGCUGGAAACUUCCAUCGCAAGAAGAAAAUUCCUCUAGGUCCACUUUUUCAAGCAGACGUUCCAGACUUUUGUGGAAAGGCUUACGAAAUUGACUGUAAAUGGUUGGGUACACGAACUUGGCCACUGGAAAAACAAGAACAAAACAAAAAUUUGAUUGAAAGGGAUCCUAUUGGAAGAGGAAGACGAGAAUCAUGUAGCUGCCAGUUCCCAGGCUCUCUUGAAUGUGUCGAGUUCCAUGUUGCUGAGAAAAGGAUGAAGGUGAGUCUUGAGUUGGGCUCCGCUUUUUAUAAUUGGAAAUUUAAUAGGAUGGGUGAGCAAGUUGCACUCUCUUGGACAAAAGAAGACGGAAACAAAUUUCAGGAUAUAGUGAAGUCGAACUGUUCAUCUUCAGAAAAAUAUUUUUGGGACGAACUUUUCAAGCUUUUUCCUAGAAAAGACAGAGAAGCAUUGGUGAACUACUACUACAAUGUUUUUCUUCUCCGGCGCAGAGGUUAUCAAAAUAGGAAAGAUGCUAAUAACAUUGACAGUGACGAUGAGGAAUCAGAAUUUGGACCGGUGGGUAAUAGAUUUGGACGAAAGGCUGCUAAUUCUCCAGGCUCCAUUUUUUGUACCCCAAAGAAAUCUUACUCGAAUAUCAGAUAG